AUGGAGCCACGCGCGCGUGCGGCCAAGAACGUUGGCAAGAUGAACUUCUCUGUCAACGACUUGAGCAUGAUUCUCUUCGCCCACGGAGACGUUCGCGAGCCCCUACCCGAGACCGUCCGCGUAUUCGACGAGAUCCUGACCGACUUUAUGCAAUCCAUCGCCUUUGAAGCCGCACGCGCCGCCCAGUACUCUGGUCGCCAAAAGAUCAAGUAUGAAGAUUUCGAGUUUGCCUUCCGAAAGAAUCCCACCUUCCUCGGAAAGGUGCAGGAGACAUUUGAAAAGUCCAAGGAGAUCAAGCGCGUCCGCGAUAUCAUGCAAACCGAUGAAUCCGCACUGGCGAAAGAAGUGGCCGAAGAAGAGAAAGCGCAGGCUCGGAACGCGGGCAAGUCGAAAGCGGCGGACGAGGAGCUUGGAGAGGCCGAUGACGACGCUGAUGCGCAGAUGGACGCCGUUGGCAAGAAGAGAUGA